CUCUGCCUGGGUUCAAACCUCCUCCUAGGACGGUCUUCGCGACGCCUCUGAGGGCAGCAAAGCUACGCCCUACGGACUGGGCGCGCCCUCAGGUUCAGGCUCCAAACACCACAACUAUGAGCAGAAUCCGGAUCGGAAACAUAACUGGGAACCUACUGGAACUGUGUUCCUACCAGCCCCUCGGCUGACCUUUAGUGCUAAGCAGCUGCACGGAAUGCUGUGGAAGACCAGUAAUCCCAUUAAAGUGAGGAAGAUGACAAGGUUCAUGUUAUUCCCAUUACAUCAUCCUGUUCUGAUAGUGCUGCUACAAUGAGACAAAACGACAGCAACAUCAUGCAAGAAGAUCCAAGGUUAAGGAAAGUCACAGAAUGGCUAAAGCAGCUUUAAGUGGAGGGUGGAUUAUUUUUCCCUUGGUUUGUCUUGUGUUUUCCUCUCUGAAAGAAUGUGGUGGCUGCUCUUUUUUCUGGUAACUGCUAUUCGUGCCGAACUCUGUCAACCAGAUGCAGAAAAUGCUUUUAAAGUGAGACUUAGUAUCAGAACAGCUCUGGGAGAUAAAGCAGAGUUGGUGGUGGCAGGGCCUCAAGUAAUAAGACACCAGCAUGACAGUUCUCUCACAGUCUCCAGCUGUGACUCUGUGACCUGUGCUGGUGAUGUUCUUGCAUCAGGAAUUUCCCAUGUCUUACUUUGCAAUAUAACCCAGAGGGUGUCAUUCUGGUUUGUGGUUACAGAUCCUACGAAAAACUACACACUUCCUGCUGAUGAAAUACAGUCAGCCAUAAGAAUGAAUAGGAACCGGAUCAACAGUGCCUUUUCUUUGAAUGACCAGACUCUGGAAUUCUUAAAAAUUCCUUCCACUCUUGCACCACCCACUGACCCAUCUGUGCCCAUCUGGAUUAUUAUAUUUGGUGUGGUAUUUUGUAUCGUCAUAGUUGCAAUCACGCUGUUGGUUUUAUCAGGAAUCCGGCAACGUAGAAGGAAGAACAAAGAACCAUCUGAAGUGGAUGACACUGAAGAUAAGAGUGAAAACACGAUCACUAUUGAAAAUGGCAUCCCCUGUGACCCCCUAGAUACGAAGGGAUGGCACAUUAAUGACACUUUCAUGACAGAGGAUGAGCGGCUCACCCCUCUUUGAAGGGCUGCUGUUCUGCUUCCCAAGAAACUCACACAUGUUUCUGUGCAACUGUUGAGCACCAUAAAUUAUUAAGGGCAGAUUACAUAUUUUGUUUCACCAUUCUUCUUUUGUAAGAAAAUUUGAAUGUGCAUGAAAGUGAAUCAAUAAUACCUGUGAAGACCAUUGGAAUCAUAAGCUGUUGACUACUCCAAAUAUUUUAAAGUAUUUCCCUGACAACACAGUGUGUAAGUGUAGUCAUUUGGUGUUUGUAAUUAUUGAUUUAAAAGUCCAUCAGUAUUUAAGCAUUUCCAAAAAUAAGGACUAUAUAUAUUUUACACUCUGGAGACCUAAGGAAAAAUAUUUUUCCAAUGGAGAAUCCCUAUAAUAAUUAUGAAUAUUAUUUAUAUCACUCUGUAUAUGACUAAGUAAGCAAGGAUAAAAGUAAUUAUUGUACAUGGGAUGGAUAAAAAUGGAAGUAUUGAUAAGGUAGAAUUUGAUCCUGUUAUAACUAUUGCUUAUGUAUUUUCUGUCAAUCUCUACUAGUGCAGCUCUAUUUGUUGACUUUUUCUGCAAUCUGUAAAAGUACUAUACUAAAUAAA